AUUUAAAUUUAAGAUUGAUAAGAUUUAAGGUACAUAGAUAAGAUAAAAAAUCUUCAUAUCGUUUACGUCAACGUUUGAUAAUUUUGUCUGCUUCUGUUUCGGUGCGGCAAACCUUUAUGAAGGCUUACACGAACGUACCUGGAUUAUUUUCGCUCUUAAUAAUAACGUUACCGCAAGAUUGGAAAAUUGUUAUGACUGCGCACUUAAGCAUGCACGGCGCGUUACGUAAUUCAACGGCCACUGUGUGCCGAUACGCGACUCGCAUUCUUCGUGCGCACAUCAACGUUAAUGCGGCUCAAUGAGAACGGGGGAAAAAAAACGAGAUGCGAGAUCCCGCGAUCUUUUGUCAGCGAGACUAUCCUCCCACGUUUUUCAAUAUUGCAAAAUCGUCACGGAUAAACGUCCCGCAUCAUCGUCAUUUACAUUCACCAUCGACCGCGUUUUUAUUGAGCAACUUCUCUCCGCGUUACUUGUCGUCGCGGUCAGAUCUCUCUGCUUUACGGGGAGGGAGGAAUUCUGCGUGAUAUUCCAGUUUGAGAAGCUGAUGAAAGUUCACUCGAAAGUUCCGAUUGCAGUUUUUAUAAUUAUUCUGCGUACUUUGCAAAUCGGUUUUUCCCCGAUAGAUUAAGAAUAAGAUCGAAAGAUUAGUCGAAAGAUUAGUUUCAUCAAUUCUAAAUUACUUUGUUAAUACUCCGGAUGUACGAUUUUUGUAUAAUCAUAUUUGUUUCGCUGCACUUAUCUCUCGCGGUAAACAAAAGAUAUGACUAUAAUAAUUCCGCAGUCGGCAAUCAUGAUUAUUCUACAGAUAAUACGAAAAAGAGACAUGUAUGUGUAUAAAUACGUGUUUGCGUCAUUUUACCAGGAACGGAAUCGAACAAUUGAAUUGGCGGAUAUCUUUUAAUUAUACUCGUAUAGCACGUGUUCGAUCGCACUAUACAAACUGUAUGUGCGGCUUCUCCGGCUUUUAUUCUGCACACUCGCGUAAUUUACGUCAUCUAACGAGGUCAACAGCAUAAAUGACAGAUUUCUAAUGUUAGUAUCAUUACGCUUCCUUUUGAUAGUAAUAGACGCGUUGCAUGGUAUCAACUAUUCUCUAUAUCAAAAUAUAAAUAUUUAUUUGUCGUAAAAAAGAAACAAUUUCAUAAAAAUCACGUGAUGUCAUAAUUGUUAUCAUGUUCCACACUUUUGCACGGAAAGAACCAUUACGCCGAAUCAUGUAAAAAUUUAGAUGGAUUUGAAAAUAGUUUCGUUGGACCGACAAAGUAAUUAUGCAAGACGCUGAAGCAUGAUAGUGGGUGCUGCAAAAGAUUUCAACAACCGACUUGAGUAUCCGUAGUAAUGCAUUCGAGUUUUGUAUGUAUGUAUGUAUGUAUCUAAUCUAAUGUAAUGUAAUGCAUUGACGUCUCGCGCUUUCCAAUUGCAAACUCGUGACGUACCGAGAUUGAUCGGGUUUAAAUCGGAAACCAACACAGUCGCGCGUAUCUGAAAACCAUCUGCGAAAACGAAUGGCGGGUCACACGUGGCCCUGUACGCGACCGCGUACUUUCACGCUGUGCCAAAUACUACGGAACGUACGCCUGAUUAAACGUUCGCACCACAAUGUAAAGCCUGUUCCGUCACGCGUGUAUUACGCUCGUUUUGAGGUAUACUGUGCUUACAUGGUGAUACCCACCUACUCUGGUAGCAGUAUUCUGCUCACUCAUGUCAGUUGCUGUUGUCAGUCUCGAUGUAGAAGCGCGUACGAGCGGAGCCGUCGAAGCCGACGACGACGACGACGUGUGCUCGAUCGUCGUUGCCUCUCAAUCUGGCCGGGAACGUACGUUUGUAACGUAUUGAACAGAAUACCCGCCUGAUGAAGUGAAACGAUUACGUCGCAGUAGUGAUCGAUAUUGAUAUACAUUGGCUUUCUCUCUAUCGUGAUCACGAUUGUGAUCUACUGCGCGCACGAUGGUUGUGAAUAAAAUGAAUGUUCGGCAGGUUCGGCAGAAACCGAAGUAUCCCAAAUCGGUGUUCUUCAUUAUCAGCAAUGAAUUCUGCGAGAGAUUUUGUUUUUAUGGAAUGCGCACCGUCCUGGUACUGUACUUACGUGAUAUGCUGGGUUAUACUGAAGGUACAUCUACAAUAAUCUAUCAUCUUUUCACCUGUGUCGCCUACUUUUUUCCGAUAUUCGGGGCGAUCCUAUCCGAUUCGUGGCUUGGAAAAUUUUACACCAUUUUUUAUUUGAGUAUUGUUUACGCAAUUGGACAAAUACUUCUAUCUUUGAGUGCGGCAGGAGCCGCAGCAUUGCCCGAUGCGCCUGCAACUGAAUUUACCAUGGUAGGCUUAUUCCUAAUAGCGCUUGGUACAGGCGGAAUAAAACCUUGUGUGUCGGCUUUUGGGGGCGAUCAGUUCGUCCUACCUCAGCAGGAACAACAAUUAUCGAUGUUCUUUUCCCUCUUCUACUUCGCUAUUAACACAGGUUCUUUAAUCUCCACCAUUCUAACUCCGGUGCUUCGUGAAACGAAGUGCUGGGACAACAAGUGCUUCUUCGUGUCAUUUAUAGUGCCAGCCGCUUUGAUGAUUAUAUCCAUUGUGAUAUUUGUCUCGGGAAAAAGACUGUAUAAAAUAGUGAGUCCCUCGGGCAAUCUCUUCGUCAAAGUUUCUAAGUGCAUUUGCCAUGCGACCUACAAUAAAAUCAAGAGCAAGGAAAAACGCGAUCAUUGGCUUGAUCAUGCCGAUGAUACUUACGACACCGAGUUAAUCGAAGACGUCAAAAUCGUAUUCCGGGUCCUGAAAUUAUUCAUACCAUUGCCUAUAUUCUGGGCGCUCUACGAUCAGCAGGGCUCCCAAUGGACAUUCCAAGCAACGCGAAUGGACGGACAAAUGGGCAGUUUCGUGCUGUUGCCCGAUCAAUUGCAAGCUAUUAAUCCAUUGUUGAUCAUGAUCUUUAUACCAAUCUUUGAGACUUUUAUUUAUCCGGCUUUUGACAAAAUACAUUUCAUCAAUACACCCUUGAAGAAGCUCGUUGUUGGUGGAUUCUUGGCCAGCGUUGCUUUCAUAGUGGCCGGUGUUGUCGAAUUACAAAUCGAGAACACAUAUCCAAUCUUACCGACAGACAAACUCGCUCAAAUCCGAUUUUUCAAUACAAUGGAUUGUAAUGUGAGAAUAGAUAUGGGAAAGCAUGGCCGUUGUACAGUAUUACCAUUAAAUAUGACAGAAAUUUUAGAUGUGAAAGCAAAUGGAAGCGUUACGAUAGAUUACAUAGCAGAUUUCACAGAGUGCUCUAAUAAGGGGUACGACAUCACGAAAAAAGAAAUGCGAGGAAACAUUACUGGCAGGGAAAAGGAAGCAUGGUCUUUUGCUUUAUCACCCUCGGGAUUACAAGAGUCUGGCUAUAAGGAUAUGGUGGGAAAGCCGGAGGGUGGUAAUCCGAACGUCCGCGGUAUCAUCUAUCUUGCGCCUGGAUUAAGUGAUUCUACAUUGACAUUGCGUAAAGACGAGAAAAUAGUAGUGUCAAUUCCGGUCAGUUCAAACUUCUCACAAUCAGAGUUGAUAAAAAUCGACGAUCCAGGCGAAUAUGACGUCUACCUAGACGACCAACUGCUGCAAAAGGAAGUGCCUUUUAAAUCCGGUGGAGUGUACUCCGUGGUGGGUUCUCACAUUAUGCAUGACAACAAAAUCGUUGGCAAGACAAUCACGGUUACGCCACCCAAUUCGUUGCACAUGGCCUGGAUGUUGCCGCAAUAUAUCAUUAUUACUAUGGCCGAGGUGAUGUUCUCUGUGACGGGUUUGCAAUUUGCCUUUACUCAAGCACCAUUGAGCAUGAAGUCUAUACUGACGGCGGGUUGGUUGCUGAGCACGGCCGUCGGCAAUAUCAUUGUGGUCAUCAUAACGGGUGUGCGUCCCUUCGAACGGCAAGUAUUCGUCAUUUUUCUAUAUGCCGGUGUGAUGGCGGUAGUCAUGGUAAUAUUUACUGUGCUGACCAUGUUCUACAAAUACGUGGAAAUAAUAGAUGAAGAAGAUAUAAUUGAUGAGGACAUACCCAUGAAAGGGAAGAUUAAUUCGGCCUACAAACAUGAUGAAAAAUGACAGUGAGGGACGACUAAGUGAGAAAUAAUAAAUUUUCACGUGUUUCGUUAUUCGAAGAAUAAGAGCACGUUCUGCAGCCUGUUAAAAUAUGAAUGAUAUGAUUGCUCGUACAUAGAAAGUUCAUUUGUUUCUAUCGAGCAUCUGUUGGCCUCGAAAAUACGGCAAAAUACGGGAAUCUUUUUUCCUAACACAAUCUCACUUCUUCCUUUUUUCUUUCCGAAGAAAAAUUAUGACAGACUGAAGAUACAUAUUCUACAAUAGCAAAUCUAUAAUGCAUUUCUUAGAGAGUAAACAAGAGAAUGAGAGUGAAAUUCUAUGAAAUAAGAAAUGACAUUUUAUAUUUCAGGAUAACAUUUAAAAUUUUAGAAAUUGUAAAUACGAAAUCUUAUUAGGUGCUAUAUUUUUAUAAGAUUGUAGUAAGCAAAUUAUUAUUAAAAUUGUACAGGUGCUGUGAAAGAUAAAUUCAAACCGGUGCGAUUAAAUUAAAUUAUAAAACUAGGGCUUUCAAAGAGAUUAAAAAAUUAUUUAUGUAAUAAAUAUUAUGAAUGAGAAAUUUAACCAGUGAAAGUGCAUCAAAUAGUGAAGUAUUUAAAAUUUGCGUGUCGAUAAUGAUUAUAUAAUCAGGCAUUUCUGUUCAAAAGAGAAUAGUUUCAAAUGAAAACUUUAUAUUUAUGCAAAUUCUGAAUUUUACUUUUUACAAAUGUUUAAAAAGAAAAGAUAAUAAAAUUAGCGUCAAUUGCAUAAUUAUUUAAAAUUGUACAAAAUGAAAUUUAAAAAUUACUAAAUAUAUAAAGGUAUAUUAAAAUUCCAAAUUGAUCAAAAUUGCAUGUAGAUAUUUAUAUCUAAACUAUAUAUAUAUAUAUAAUUCGUAUAACAUUUAUUUUCGCAUAUUCGACUAAAUUUCCACAAGCUCUAGCACAACGUAAUAAUGCGUGUCAUGUGAGAUAAGGAUUUUGAAAGUGCAGUAAAUUGAUUAAACAUUU